AUGAAUAAAUGGCAGUUAAGACAACUUGAUGUUAAGAACGCUUUUUUACAUGGCGAAUUGGAAGAAGAAGUGUUUAUGAAACAGCCACAAGGGUUUGCAGAUCCACGUUAUCCUGAUUUUGUAUGUAAGCUUAAGAAAUCAUUGUAUGGUUCUAAUGAGAAGAUGGUUCAGCUUGUGAUUGAUGAGUUAAGUUUUGUAUUUGAAAUGAAGGACUUGGAUUUGAAGCUGUAUCUGCCAGAUCCUCCAAUUGCAUAUUGUGAUAAUCUGUCAGCUUUGGCUCUUAGCUCAAAUCCAGUAUACCAUUCCUGGAUUAAACACUUGGACAUUGAUUUCCAUUUUGUAAGGGAGCAAUUGCAGAAGAAGGAUUUGCUGGUUCAGUAUGUUUCAACAGAUGAACAACUCGCUGAUGUGUUUACAAAGGGUCUACAUGGUCCUAUCUUCUCACAGCAUUGUGCUCAUCUUAGGUUAAGAGAGUUACCUAAGUAG